AUGGCCGCCGAGAAAGACAGUUUGUUUGUUACCCAGGGUUGUUUCUUGUUGUGUACCUGCGUCAAAGGUGCUUAAAUAGUACUCUUUAGGUCACUGUACCCACAGAAAGUACUGGCAAACGCUGGGGAUAAUGCUCAGGUUCUUCCCAUAGCAGAUUUCAGACUGUAACGCUUAGUUUGUAGGCUCAAGAAUAGUCCCAUCAGUGAUUGAAUCAUUACCAUGGCAACCGUACUAAACACACUGUCGGCCAUCCUGGAGUCGGUGGAGGAAGGCGUGGGGCGGGCGCUGUACUUCGGACACAGACUCCUGACGCUCCACUACAACAUGAUGUCCACAGUGUUCACCACGCUCCACUUCAUCCUCAGUGCCACAGUCAAUACUGUGGUGUCGGUGGCUAAAACAUGCUGGGGAGUCCUCACUCAGAUCUGUACCCUCCUGUUGGACCUGCUGUACCUAACAGGGUUAGUGGUGCAGUACGUCCUGGUGUGCCUUCAGGUGGCCGGCGGGGUCAUCUGGGACUUCAGUGGAGUUCUCAAGCUGGUUCUCACUUAUGUUUCCGCUCAGACCUGGCAUGCAUUGUGUACAGUAGGGUCCCAUACGCUGUGUGGCCUUCAAGUCUGCGGUAAGACAUUACUCCAUGGAGUAUUGGAAGGAUGGCAGGCCGUGAAGUCGGGAGUCCACCUGACAGGUAGCCAUGUGUUCUCCUGGGUGACCACAGCAGGGACAAGUCUGUUUGGUGGACUGCAGGCACUGUUGACCAACACUUUUGCAGCUGUACAGGCACUGGUUACCAACACUUUAGGAGCUGUACAGGCACUGGUGACUAACACUCUGGCAGCUGUACAGAUGUUAGUGACUGGGAUUCUCACAGUGAUACAAACAGUUCUGAUAUUCCUGCUGAGCAGCCUCCAGGCUGUGCUGCUGCACGUUUUUACCGCAGCACAGCUCCUGGCCAUGCAGACAGUCACAGGGCUGCAGCUGGGGGUCAACUACAUUAUAGCAGCCCUGCAGUACCUGGUCACCAACGUGGUGGUGCUGCUGCAACUUCUCCAGCAGGGAAUCUUCUACGUCCUCGCUGAGUCGUUCCACGGACUUCACGCCGCCGUGUCGUUCCUGGGGACGUGUGCCUGGAUGGUGCCGCAGCUUCUUCUGAAUGGAAUUCUCGCAAUGGCGUACAUUCUGUACUCCGUGUCGUCCAGCACGGUGUACUAUCUUGCAGAAGGACUGACCUACCUGCAGGAGUCCAUGCUGACCAGCGUGAGGAAAGCAGUGGACUUCCUCUGGCUGACAGUGUCCAUAUUCUCACUGGAACUUGUAGCAGCUAUCGUCUUGCUGGGGGCCACAGCCAUACUGGUAAAGAAGUGGGAUGACACCACCCUGCCUCCCCUCCCUGACAUCACCCAGCACCUGAACAUGUGGACGUUCGGACAGAACCUGGAGAACACACAGAACAGGGAGGAGCCAGAAGAAGCAGAGGAGGAAGAAGAGAGGGAUGAUGGGAGUGAUGUGGAGGAUUCUGGGAGGGAGGACAAUGACGGGUACAGUUCGUCGUUGGACAGUUCUGCGAGUGACGAGGGCUCCGAGAGUGAGGAGGGGAGGGAGAGGCACCCACUUCCACCCAGACUUCAGCGGUACAACCUUCGCACACGAAAUGUUCCCCAGCCUGGCGCGUUCUUAUCCCGACCCCGUAGCCCCACCCCCACAACCUCCUGUCUGUCUUCCGACGACGAGGAACUCCAGACUCCCGAGCGAGCGCGGAAAGUCCGUCUGAGAUUCACCAAGGAGCGUGAGAAGCGGCUGUGCGUGGUGUGCCAGGAUAACGUGAAGAACGUGCUGCUCCUCCCGUGCAGACAUAUGUGCCUGUGUAGGGGGUGUGCUGACCACAUCACCAACUCUCUCUACGCACACCAGAGGGUCUGUCCGCUCUGUCGGUCCAGAAUCGGCAACGCACUGGACAUCUACAUUUAGCAGCACACUUGUCACAAUGUUUCAUAUGGACAUGGCUGCAGUCGUGACAAUUGAUGGAUCGAGAUGCUAACAGCAUUCCACAUGCAAUGAUAAUCAUAUUUUUUGAAGAAGAAAAAUUCCAGAACUCAUCAUAUUUUGAUACCAUAUAUUGGUAUAGAGGUAUUUCUAUCCCUGUUGCAAGGUUUUGUUUUGGUUGCAAUUUUUGCUGUUUGUUUGCAAUAUACUGAAAGAUAUAAAUGUAUUUCUUAUUUACAGAGCCUCUGUCCAAAAUCAAGAUCUUCUCAUUGUAUUUUUGGUAUCUAGAAGACUAAUUUCUUCUCCUUGUAUGUUGUAUAACCCUUUCGCAGCUAUCUUAAUGUAAUUAUUUCUUGAUGUCCUACAGCCCUAUGUGGCCCUCCCCUAAGUUGUGUAAUGGUGUUUCCAAGGUUCAGGAAAUGAUACAUGACAAUGAUGAUGAUAUGUAUACAAUGAUUUUCAAUGUGGAAAAUGCUCUUUUAUCCAAAGUCAAUACAAAAAUGUAUGUUCCCAGGGAAACAUGCUUGAUGUGCUGAUGAUGGGAAGAAUUUGUUAAUGUACAGUUCUGCUCAAAGAGUAGCAAACUCGCAAUGUAAAUGUUUUGUUAUGAAUAACUUUGUUAUUAAAUUGUGGGAUAAAAUUAUAAUCAAAGUGGGAAGCCUGCUGUAUUUAUAUUGGAGAUAUUUUCAUGUUUCUUGGUUGUAAAAUUGGUUGUCCCUCUAAAAUUACUUAGUGGACAGUAGUUGUGACAGUUUUUGAUCUUUCAUUAACAAAACUCAGGGUCAGUGAGGGCCGAACUGUACAAAUUUCACCUUCCCACAGGUAUGAACAUUAUCCAGAAAUUCUCUUAACAAAGGUCCAG